UUUAAAUAUUCUUAAAAGGGGAAGUUGUUACCUGACCAUUUCUCCUGCUGUGCUAAUAAUGUCAUUACAUACAGACAUGGUCUAAAAGUAGCACCUUGUGUAAACAGUGCGUGGAGGACAAUCUCUUUCAUAAAAGGCAGUGUUUUCACUAGAAAUGUUAACUUGCCUAAAAUUCCUGGAGGUGUUUUAAUCCGACAACCACCUUUCAAGAAUAACACUGUGAUUGGCCCAUUUAUUUGAUAGGACGACUUAAACCAUCUUGCUAGGUAGUUUAACUUUGCCUUAUAUCCGGUGUUAUAUUUAAGCUAGUUUAAAUGGUCCUAGUGAAAACACUACAUUCCACUGAUUUCGUCGUUUAUUGAAAAGAUGAACAAUUAACAGCUUUUAAGCACUGCCUAGAAAUUACCUUCUGAAACCUUAACGUUGAUCGAUCAUUGUACAAGUUGUGUACGAGCACAAACCUACUGCACUAAUAAUAUCAUAGUACUAUUGGUCAUCAAGAUCAUCAGGUGUGGGAGAGCACUGUCUAGAAAUUAUCUUCUGAAACCUUAACGUUGAUCAUUCUACAGGUCGUAUACUAAUGGAACACAAACCUACUUGCUAAGAAGAUCUAGCGGAGUAAUAAACGCUGUUUAUAUUAACCGAUAGUAAUUUAAAAUUCUAAGAAUUCUCUGAAGACACAUUUGUUUAAGUUAGCUUUUAAUUUAUAAUUUUACAAUUAGUACAAUUUUUAUCGUUUUGUUUCACAUAUUUUUAUAUCUUAAUUUUUAAUUAGCUUAGUUAAUUAUGUAUUAUUUUUUAUUAGUGAGCGCUCUGAGCAAUUAGUGGAUUUAGCGCUAUAUAAAUAAAUAUUAUUAUUAUUAUUAUCAUUAUUAUAGUAAUCGUGUAAAUCAGGAAGCAAUAAACGUGCAGCUAUUUGCUUUUAACGUACUUAAUCCUGCUCUGCGCCGUCUAUUGUUGGAUCGGGCAAGAAAUUCAAAGGAGCCACCAAAAAUUGGAAACACGAAGAGUCGCCUGCAGCUCGGCGUUAUUGCCUAACGUUGGUCAUUGAACAAUUCCGUGUACGAUCGGCAAAUCUAUUGCAACAGUAAAAGACACCGUCAAGGAUUCACUAUGAACUUGAACAAUUCAUCCCAUGCUAAUGAAACACUGCGAGAGACAUCAGGACUAGCAGCUCAUACUAAAAUAACCCUGUGGUGUAUUCUACUUGUCUGGUCUCUACUUGCUAACCUACUCGUCAUCGCUGUCGUGUAUUGCAAUCAAAACUUGAAAACAAAUAUGAACUACUUGAUUGUCAAUAUGGCUGUAUCAGACUUGCUCAUUCCAUUGAUAGGAAUACCAUUGAUGAUUUCAAACAACAUAUUACGGCCUGGUGAAUGGUUAGUGGAUGGUACUAUCGGUGAGGCACUGUGUAAACUGGUUUCCUUCCUCUCUGCUAUAUCACCAUACAUUUCAUCCAUCAGUCUGUUAAUCAUUACAGUCCAAAGGUUUAUAGCUGUUGUUUACCCUUCUCACAGGCAAAUUUUAACUUGUAAAACAGGAUGGUUUUUGAUGAUGUCUUUCCCUUGGCUCGUAGCCAUGGCUCUCUUCUCUCCUUCCUUUUACACCAAUCGUCUAUCAAAGGAAUGGGGCUACACGAUGUGUGAAUACUCAUGGUCACCAGCAUUUGACCCAAAGAAAGCUCUUAUAAUAUUCCUGUCUAUAAUUGCAUUAGUGGGCUUUAUCAUUCCUUUGAUCGCAAUCAUAAUCUUGUAUACCAUUAUACACUAUAAACUACGUAAAAGCUUGAACAACGUCAAGGAAAUAAUUGCAAUAGAAAUGAUACGUUCACGACAGCAGAGAAACAGAAGGAUAUUCUACAUGUCAAUAACUAUAAUUGUAGUGUUCACCAUCUGUUGGUCUCCUUUAGGUGUACUGCAUUUCUUGUUUUGGUUGCAACCUCCUUCCGUAUUGUCGAUGGAUAAAGAUAUAAUACGAAAUAUGUUUUUUUGCUUUACUUAUCUUUGGUACUUUCUAGCAGCAAUCAAUCCCUGCAUUUAUUUUCUUUUUCUGAGAGACUUUAGACAAGGACUAAAAAGACUUGCCUGCAGAAAAACUACAAAUGAACAGACAUAUACUUUAUGUGUAUGUUGUGUCAGGACUGUGGCAACAGAUGCAACUAGUAAAAAAGACCCAACAUGUACACCACCUCACAUCAAUACCACUUCAUUCUAGGAUGAACAUGAACACUAGAUGCACCAGAACACCAGGUGGAGAUAGUAACCAGGACCCAACAUGUACACCACCUCACAUCAAUACCACUUCAGUCUAGGAUGAACAUCAACACUAGAUGCACCA